UUCCACCUUGUGGAGAUUUUGUGACGAUUCAAAACCACACCUGACCAGAGUAUAAAACAGAAACCUUCACUGUCAGUCUCUAAGUCAAAUCGACGCAUGCUGACAAGACACAAUUUGUGUCGUCACUGCAUGAAAGCAUGUUUCUUCUCAUUGUCGGCCUGUUGUUCCUCACUCAUGAUUCCCAUCAGCACUGCACAGAUGGAAAUCCCAAAGAGUGUCUGGAAGCUGAUUUUGCUCCUGGGACUAAUUUGGGAGGAGAAGGAUUUGACGUACAAAUGGAGCAAAAAGGAGCGUAUGUGAUUGAUAUGAAACAGUGGAAGCGUAAAGAUAAGACCUGUACCCUGUGUUCAAACCCGUAUUUGGAAAAUAAAAAGCAGAAGCUGCCUCUGUCUGUGGUGGACUGGAGAGCAAAGCACUCAUGCAGCGCCAAAGUGAACGGACAGCUCCAUAAGUCCAGUGAGUCUCUGGUUAGCUCAAGCAAAGCGUCCAUCGAAAACAACUGGAAAAGCAGCUUGGACAUCUCUGUGGGAGCUACAAGUGCUCAGUUAACGUUAGCAGGUACACAUUCCAAAAUGGCUGAAUAUUCCAUGGAGAAAAGCAAAACCGAUAAAUACAGCUUCUCCAGCCAGAGCAUGUCGUGCGAGUACUACAGAUACGGGAUCUCCAGAACUGCAAAAAUGCACCGUGAAUUUCGUAAAGCAAUAAAUCAACUUCCCAAAGUGUACAGCAAAAACACCAAAGGACAGUUUUAUGGACUGAUUGACAAGUUUGGUACUCACUACAUCACUAUGGUGCACAUUGGGGGCAGUGUGAAGUCAGUGACCAGUAUCCGUGAGUGUGAGGCCAGUCUGCAGGGUCUCAGUGUGGAGGAGGUGCAGGCCUGUCUGGAGGUUGAGGCAUCUGCCAGCUACGGCCAGUCUCAGGCUCGGGCUGAGGUCAAACACUGCAAAAAAGACAUCCAGCAGUCAGAAAAGAAAGCCUCCUUCUCCAGCUCCUUCAGUGACAGGUUCACAGAGAUUAGAGGCGGUCACACCACAGAGCCCGACCUGCUGUUCUCUGCAGAUAAAGAGCCUUCGGCCUACAAAGACUGGCUCAGCACGUUGCCCCAGAACCCAGACAUCAUCUCAUACUCCCUGGACCCUCUGCACAUGCUGCUGCCCCCCAAGAGCCCCUCCCACUCCAACCUGCGCUCUGCCAUCAGCCACUACAUCCUGGAGAGAGGCCUGUGGAAGAACUGCAGCACCCCCUGUCCCGCCGGAGUCAGAACAGACCCUCGGGACCCCUGUGUCUGCCAGUGUCACAACAACGCAGGAGUAAACCAAGACUGCUGCCCCACUCAGAGAGGUCUGGCCCGGGUGAUCAUCACUGUGCAGAGGGCUACGGGCCUCUGGGGGGACACCACCACAGCCACAGAUGCCUAUGUAAAAGUCUACAAAGGAAAGACAUUGUGGAGGUCAAGGGUCAUCUGGAACAAUAACAACCCUUACUUUCAUUACGUCGCCGAUUGGGGCAACGUAAAUCUUUUAACAGAGAAUAAAGUUAGAUUUGAAGUGUGGGAUGAGGACAAUAAAUGGGACGAUGACCUUUUGGGAGAGUGCAGCAGAGUUCUUACGGCUGGAGUUAAAGAAGAUGUGUGCAAUCUACAACAUGGCCGACUGUUUGUCAAGUGGCAGGUGCAGUGUACUCCGAGCCUUACUGGAGACCUCUGUAAAGAUUACAAACCUAUGCCCAUCAGUCCCACUCUGAAGGGCUGGUUCAAGUCCCGUAAUGCCCAUCCCGUUCCCAAGGCCCUGCUGCUGCAAUGGGGCGUGGUCAUGAACGGGUCAGAGAACAACCAAACCAGAGUCUGAGGAAAAAGGUUAAAAUUUGAAAAAAAUAUAUGAUUUGCCUUUUGUAUCAGUAUAACAAGAAACAAGUUGCUAGCCUGGUCAGUCAAGGCUACUUUUCCUACAUUAUUGAUACUUUGCAAUGACAUCACACUGGACUUGUUUUACAUGUAUUUCUAUGAUUUAAUAUUCAGCAGUUACCAUGGUGACACAAUGCAUUAGCAAACACAAACACCUACACUUAAACAUUACACCCCAAAGAAAUGUUGAUAGCAUCAGCUGCAAAGUAUCAAUACAAAGAUAGUACCAGGUCUUGGGUCAAAUGUUGUGGUGGUAGUAAUUUUAAUUUUAAUAGUAACAGUUUUCAGUUAUUUCUAAAUGCUUUUACAUUCUUGUCUAUGUUUGCUUGAUAGUAGAUAUUAAAAAGUUGCUUAGUUCAAUUGUACUUAUAUAAAACCUUGUUAAACAACUGCUUUCAAUGAUAUUAAAACUCACAUGCCAUUUA